CCAGACUGCCGAUGAAUAGCCCUUACACCAUCAAGUGGAUUUUAGAGCGGUGACGUGAUCCGCGGGAGCGACAGCAUGGAGACGGUGUGACCGAGCUCGGAGCGACAUAUGCGGCACCGUCUUCUCACUCCCACCCGCCCCCUUCCUCGUCAUGCGGUGGAUCUCCGCACGACCCAGCAUCCUCUCUUAAUUGAUUUUAAAUCGUUUUGGGUCGCCCCGGAAGGAGGAUUUUACGAUGGAAAGAAGACGACUAUUAAUAUAAAAGCCAAACUUUCCUCAAGUCUCGUGAUUAUAAUCACCCAUUUUGCGCCGAUAUGUUGGAGAUUGAGAUGAUUAAGAGAGGAAUCUCUACGAGAACAUGAGAGUUGCACACCUCCGAAUGAAGAUGCCACCGAGCGUGUGGUUGCACGGCAGGGAGGCUGGAGAGUGAACGCCGGCUUUGGUGCGUCUUUAUUCGGUCACGGAGGACAUACGGACACGCACAUAUGAUCCAGAUACAUCUUUGGAUGCAAGUGAUCCAAAAUUAUUAUUAGUAGUAGUAGUUGGACGGCUCUAUAGGACUCCCGUGCACACAAUGGGGAUUAUGCAGCAAGUUAUUCUAGGAAUGUUUCAAUUCCUGCUGCUCACCACAAUCCCGACGUCCCACGCCAAGCUGGCUCACUGGCGGCCCACCGACGCGUCCAAAUCCAGAGAAGGCCGAGAAGUGCGACGCUGGUUGGAGGUGUACUCUCGCAGUGGCUGCGAGCCCCGAGAAACCUUGGUGGAGGUCUGGCGGGAGUUGCCUGGGGAGACGCACCACCUUUUCGUACCCUCCUGCGUGGCAGUGAGGAGAUGUGGGGGCUGCUGCGCUGACGAGGCAAUGGAGUGCGUGCCCUCGCUCACGCACACCCUCACCAUGGAGCUGAUGAGGACUUCCUUUAUGAAACAUGAGCUCACUGAGUUGACCUUUGUUGAACACAGCCAGUGUGAGUGCAGACUAAAAGAACAACUCCAGCUGACAUCAACUACAAGGCCCUAUCACAAGCCAACAAGCGUCAAGAAAAAGGGUAGAGGAAGAAAGAUUGUCGGAGGCAUCAUAAAUGCGACUCCUGUUCGCUCUUCUCCCCCAAUGACCUCUCCUCCUCAUCCUCCUCCAAUGCCAACCGUACGGCCAUCUUGUCGGCCGUGCCGAGGCAGGAAGUGGACGCUGGAUGCGGCGUCAUGUCGGUGUUUCUGCACCCUCACUGCUCAGAGCUGCCACCGAAAACACCGGCGACACAACCCUCAUCGCUGCAGGUGUGACGCCGUGAGGACUUGACGUGUCCCCCCUUUCACCUUGUCCUCCCCACCCAAACCUGCCCAAAGGAAGUAUUAUUAGCACUCAGCCUGUACUAGCUUUUUCUCAUUAAGCCACCACUGUAGCACUGUACAUGUACAUCAAAUGUGUGUGUGUGUGUUUGUGUGUGUGUGUGUGUACAAUUGUACAGUACAUAACGUGCACAGACACAUCCAGUCACUAAACACCUCGCACGAGCGCGGGGACCACGGCGCUGAUCUAUGAUUUAUGGAUAAACAGUGGACUGUGUCUUUGCAGUUGCUUGGACACCAGUGGGACUAUCAUGGAUGAGGUGGACCUCUUGAAACACGAAGACUGAUUUUUGCAGGUUCACAUCGAGGCCAGUGCUUGUGUGAAGGAUUUAAAAAAAAAAAAACUGCAAUCAGAUAAAAGGUGCAAACACACUCAGACAUGCCGGAUGGGACAUAGGAUAUGUACGUGCAAUGACACAGCCUGUGUGUGUAUGUGGACCUAUAGUGGUGCUGAAUGUAUCUGUGUGGUCUGGCUCUGAAAAACCCCAGAUGGGUUAUUCCCCCCCCCCCCCAAGCACAUGAGCACGGGCAAGCCUUUUGCAGCAUUUGUUUUAAUUUGGGCCCUUUUGUCUCUUGUCUUUUCCGUUGGAUUGAAAGUGGCCGCUUUUCGCCUCGCUUUUCCUCGCUUUUAGGCAGUGAGAAGAAUGACAAUAAUGAGGUCUGGCGUCUGUCCACUGCUAUACACACACACACACACACACAUACACACACACGCACGCACACACACGCAUGCACACACACACACACACGCAUUCACAGUUAAAGCAGUAGUGCAAAAAACACACGCACAAGCAAUGUGAAACUAAUGCAGGUAGACAUAAGCUUUUUUCUUCUUUUCUAUAUAAAUACAUGCAAUAUUUUGUUACACAAGCCUCAAUUUUAUACGUUAUUAUAAUUCACUCACAUUGCUUGAAUGUCUCUCGUUGUGUUGUCUGUCUGUAAUCCGUCCACAUAAAGAGUCAAGCCGGGUGGCCCAAAUGUACUGAGUCCAAAUGGAAACGUCUCACACACACUAACCACAAAGCGGGAAUAUACGGUAUUCUUUAUAAUGUGCUAAUCACACACACAAAAAUAGAAGUGAGAGGAAAAGUUGGGAACAUGACUUGAUUAGGGGUUAGCAAACCACCGUUUAGGGAUGUUAAUUGGCAUAAAAAGGAGGAAGGAGGCCUCAAACAGGUUGUCAGUCAAUGUGAUUGACAUCACCUGCCAAAAUCCUGAGCUGUAUUUAUAUGAUGGCCCAAAACCAGAGUUGUGUUGAUGUUACAUAACAAAAGCCAGAGCCGUAUUGACGUGACGGGCCAAAAACUGGAGCCGUGUUGACCUGAAAGGCCAACAGCCAGAUUCGUACUGACGUAAUUGGCCAAAACUGGAGCUGAAUUGACGUGAUUGGCCAAAAGCCGGUGCCAUAUCCUCAGAACCGUACUGGCGUGACCGGCCAAAACCGGAGCUGUACUGAUGUGAUGGGCCAAAUGCCAGAGCUGUAUUCUCACGAUGGGCUAAAAACCAGAGCCGUAUUCUUGUGACGAGGCAAAUGCCGGAGCUGUGUCGAUAUGAUAGGCAUAAACCAUAAUUGUAUUGACAAGAGUGGCCAAAAGCCGCAGUCGGAUUUACGUGACGGGCCUAAACCGCAGCCAUAUUGACGUUAGGGACCAAAAGCCAUAUUCUUGUGACGGGCCAAAAGCCGGAACCGUAUUGACGUCAAAGGCCAAAACUGCUGCCGUAUUGACUUUAUAGACCAUAAGAUGAAGUCACAUUGACGAAGAAACAGAAUGGCUCAGGUGAGAGAGGUGAAACUGUUUUGUUGUUGUUGUUUUUUUUUUGUCCACAAUCUUGCCCUGGUCUUUGUGUGCACUCCACCGUCAAUGAAAGAAAAGGACCGCCUCAAGCAAAGACACACUGUAUGAUUAUUAGGCUACCAUAUUUAAGACUUUAUGUCCAAGUGUCAAUCAAUGGUUGGAUCACUACCUCUUUAUAUGUAAUAACACAUUCAUGAGCGAGUAUUACACUACUGUUAUUCCAGGUGUACUCUUUUUCGCAAUAAGUAGCGCCAUGUUUCGGGUGUGCAGAAAUUACGACUGCUCAGAGGAUUUUUUUGGAACCAGACAGAGUGUUCUACGGAGCCCCAGACAUAAGAUGGGGUGGAUUUAGUAGUAGUAUCUUACAGGCAUGAGGCUUCAAUAUUCCUUUUAAAAUUCUGGUUCAACCUUUAUUUUGCAGAUAUUUGAAACGAUUAUUUUCCCAUUCGAAUGAGAUCCAUCAGACCCAUGACAAUGAGGCUAGCUGUUUGGCUUUGAUUGUGCUUAGCUAGCUGUAGCAUCACACAGACGUUAGACUUCGACAACAUUUGAGAUGUUGGUUGUUUUCCCAUCAUAACUGUACAAUGACGCUAGCCUGUUCUAUGCUAAGCUAGUGGUAGCACUAAUCAUAAAGAGAUUAGAAUUGCUGAAUUUAUUCCACUUUAAAUCCUUUUUAAAAAAAAAUCUUUUUAAAUUAAAUUAAAUUUGUAAACUUUUUUUAAAAAUUAAGUUUCAACCUUUAUUCUGUGGCAAUUUGAGACCGAUUGUUUUCUCAUUAAAUCACCAGAAUAAGGCGAAUGGUAGCAAAAUAGAGUUACACUACUUUAAUUGUUUUGCCCUUUUAAUUUUUUUUUAAACACGUGCUCACAUAAACUGUUCCACGGCAAUAUCAUAUAGGCUUAUGUAAUUUCAUUUUGUGCUGUGAAAUGUUUUUACUGUUAUUGUGCUAUAUGACUCGAUGUCAGUCCAUCGAGAUUACCCCAUUUUAAAAAGCACAUACAGUACAGUAAAUGCUAUCCUUGCAGAAAAACCACACACAACAAAAACAUUCCAGUGGAAGGAGACGAGGUGCUGAGCUCUCAGGAACGCUAGCAGGGGUAGGGCAUUUAGAGGUCUGGAUGUUACUUAUCCAUGUCUAAAAAUGUUAUUUUAAUACUAAAUCCAAGCAGGAAAGAACACGUUUGACAUUUCAGUAUCACAACAGCUUGAUAUAUUCUCAUAAUGUCUGUAUUUUUGUGCUUCGUACGUGCGCAGUUGACUGUAAAGAUCCCUUUGUCAUAUGUAGUGACAAACCUUACUAGAAGUAUAUGACAUUUUAUAACCUCUUGUCUAUGACAUAGUGCAUUCCUUAGAGCGGUGGUUCUCAAACUUUUUGGGUCCGGGGAUUCCUAAUAUUGCAGAACAUUUUCCAAGAAUCGUCUCAUAAUACACCAAUUAAUCAUAACUGACAUAACAAUAACUUAUUUAACAUAUCACAAGGGGGAUGAGGUUAACAUUUUAAAUUACUUUGACUUCCAUUUUAUGUAUGGAGAGCCUUUUAUGAAAAAGGUUUGAUUAAGUUUCAUACCAUGUGUACCACUAAAUGUCAUAUGAAUUAAAAAGUUCCCUGUUGUAAUGUUAGAAUAACCUAUUCAUAUUUUUUACAGAUUUUUUUAAAAUAUGAAAAUUAAGUUGUCACUUUUCAAGAAAAAAAUCUUCAUCCUUAUGAGAACAAAAACAUAUUUUGUUGGGAUGAAAAGUCGUAAUCUUAGGAGAAUAUUGGUUUUUUUUUAAUUCAAUUGUAAUAUUGAGAUAUUAAAGUAAAAGUUUAGUGAGGGAAGAAAGUCAGACUUUUUUGUUAUAUGCCUUUUUUUUAUUGAAAAAAUUAUUUUAUUCAUGCAGGGAUGUCACAUUUUCGUUUUUAAUUGGCCUAAAGCUAAAGUCGUCGCGCUGGUCAACAUAUGUCGGUAUGCACUUUCUAAAAUGAUAUAUGACACAAUAGUUUAUUGAGAAUUAUUUUGCAAAACCCCCGAGUGACGGCUCGCGGACCCCCUGUGGGAUCGGAAACCCCAGUUUGAGAACCACUGCCUUAGACAUGUAUAAUGCGUUGUGAUUGCCGCUGCGGAUACAUUGUACUACUGUAGCCCCAACAAAUCUUUUUUGCUGCUACACCAUUUGUGCCCUUUGAUGACGUCCUUGUAGAAAAACAAUACAGGUUUAUAUCUUACUAGUCGAAGUAUUUAACUCCAUGUCCAUAUACAAGUGUACAGUAUACUUACUGCAUCCAAUGUAUUGGAAGUGAUACAACCAUCAUGUUACAGAUGUUAUUAAAGGAAACUUCUUAUUUUUCAUACAAA